ACGAGAGGGACGGUGGAACAGUUGAGUCGCGUUGCGUUUGCGUUGCCCACCCCCCGCCGCAACUCUCUCAUCCAUCGCAUCCCCGCGCCUCCUACCGCCAUCCCAUCCAACUCCUCUUCCCCACGCACGCGCUUCACGCCUCAAAUAGCACGAACGGGGCAAUGGCAGCGGCGCGGCCCUGUUGCAGCAGCAGCCACCGGCAAUCGCGCCUCCUCGUCCUCGCCGCCUGCGCGUCGCCCACGCCGCCGCUGCUGCUUUAGCCGUCCCCGACUUCCGCUCCGAGGUGAUCGCUCCCCCGGCCGGAUGGGUGAUCUGGGCGUCCGGGUUGUGGGCAGAGGCUGCGCCGCGCCGAUGGAGCCGCGCAAGGAGAUGGUGGCGCCGUCGCUGGAGCAGCAGGGGCAGCAGCAGCAUCCUCCCCUCUUCAUGGAUUUCUCCCGACGAGAUGGAGUCGCAGAUGGCGGCAACGGGCGGAAGCGGCCGCGCGAGACCGUGGCGCCGCCGGCACGCCUCUUCUCCCUACAGGCGCCGCAGGGUUCUCCCGGGCACAAGGUGAUACACCUGGCGCAGCUGCACCGGCGGCCGGCGGCGACGGGCCUGCGGCUCGACUUCGACGAGGGAGGCUCGGAGCACGUGGCGUGCACGUCGUCGACGUCGUCCCUUCUCCCCGGCGAGCUCGCCGCUCAGUGCGGGCGGCACAACAACGAGAUCGACCGGCUGCUCCAGGAACACGCGGAGAGACUCCGGCUUGCGCUGGCCGACACGAGGCGUCGGCAGAACCGCUCGCUGCUGGGCGCCGCAGAGGCGCUGGCCGCGCGGCGGGUCAGGGAGGUGGAGGCGGAGACCUUCAAGGCGGCACGGCGCGGCGUCGAGCUGGAGGAGCGGCUGGCCAGGCUGAGGGCGGAGGCGGCGUCGUGGCAAGCCAAGGCAAUGUCCGACCAGUCCACGGCGGCCGCGCUGCACGCGCAGUUGCAGCAGGAAGCGGCCACAGCGCAGGCUGGGAGUGGCAAGGCCGCCGAGGAGGCCGAGGGAGCGGCGGACGACGCCGAGUCCGGCUUCAUCGACCCUGACAGGGUGGUGGAGGUGGUGGCCCCGCCACCGGCCAGGCCGUGCCGCGCGUGCCGGCUCCGGCCGGCCACCACCGUGCUGCUCCCGUGCAGGCACCUCUGCGUGUGCGCCGCGUGCGAUCCCGGCGCCUCUGCCUCCCAAGCCGGCACCGCCGCCGCCGCGGCCUGCCCCGCGUGCCGCUGCCCCAUCACCGGCACCGUGCAGGUCUUCUUCGCGUGAAACGGGUCCCCGCCGGAUCAUGAAAUCAGAACCAUGGAAAAGCUGUAGUAGAUCAGAUCAGACAGGGUGCAUAAUUCCUUCCUCUCUUUUCUCCCGUGCUAGUGAACUGAUCCCUCCAUGAUCGCUUCACCUCUUUUGCUGGUGAUCUAGUAAAUCUUUACUAAUUUGAUUUGAAUCUUGCGUGACAGUUUUUA